CGCGCGCCCCUCGCUCGCCGCUCUCUGGCUCGCUGUCUCCGCGGCGCUCUGGGGUGGUGUAGGGCGCGAAGCCCCCCCGUGCCGGGUGAGGCGCAGGCGGCGGGAUGCGGCGGCGGCCGUGGCGGAGUCGCGGUCCGGGCGGACUGGUGCGGUGAUGAGCGUCGGCCACCGCCGCCAUGUCCAAGGUAACGGCGCCCGGGCCCGGGCCGCCGGUGGCGGCGGGCGGGAAGGAGAAGCGCUCGUUCAGCAAGCGGCUGUUCCGGAGUGGCCGCGCGGGGGGCAGCGGCGGCGCUGGGGGCCCCGGGCCGGCCGCGCCCUCGUCGCCGUCGUCGGCGCGCUCGGUGGGCAGCUUCAUGAGCCGCGUCCUCAAGACGCUGUCCACGCUCUCGCACCUCAGCUCCGAGGGCGCCGCCCCGGACCGCGGCGGCCUCCGCAGCUGCUUCCCGCCCGGGCCGGCCUCCGCGCCCACGCCGCCGCCGUGCCCGCCGCCGCCUGCCUCGCCCGCGCCUCCCGCCUGCGCCUCGGAGCCGGUGCCCGGCGUGGCGGGGCUCCGCAACCACGGCAACACGUGCUUCAUGAACGCCACGCUGCAGUGCCUCAGUAACACCGAGCUCUUCGCCGAGUACCUGGCCCUGGGCCAGUACCGGGCGGGCCGGCCGGAGCCGGAGCCGGAGUCGGAGCAGCCGGCGGGCCGCGGGCCGCACGGCCAGGGCGAGGUCACUGAGCAGCUGGCGCACCUGGUGCGGGCGCUCUGGACGCUGGAGUACACCCCGCAGCACAGCCGAGACUUCAAGAGUAUUGUGUCAAAGAAUGCAUUACAGUAUCGAGGAAAUUCCCAACACGAUGCCCAGGAGUUCCUGCUGUGGCUUCUGGAUCGAGUUCAUGAAGACCUCAAUCAUGCUGUGAAGCAGAGUGGCCAGCCUCCUCUGAAGCCACCAUCAGAGACAGAUAUGAUGCCUGAGGGACCAUCUUUUCCUGUGUGUAGCACUUUUGUACAAGAACUUUUUCAAGCCCAAUACAGAUCUUCUUUGACGUGUCCUCAUUGUCAGAAACAGAGCAACACUUUUGACCCUUUCCUGUGCAUUUCUUUGCCAAUUCCUCUACCCCAUACAAGGCCUCUCUAUGUCACUGUUGUGUAUCAAGGGAAAUGUUCCCACUGCAUGAGGAUCGGUGUGGCUGUGCCUCUGUCUGGGACUGUUGCCAGACUUCGGGAAGCUGUAUCUAUGGAAACAAAGAUCCCCACUGAUCAGAUUGUGUUAACAGAAAUGUACUAUGAUGGGUUCCAUCGUUCCUUUAGUGACACAGAUGACCUGGAGACGGUUCAUGAAAGUGAUUGCAUUUUUGCCUUUGAGACCCCAGAAAUAUUUAGGCCCGAAGGAAUUCUCAGUCAAAGAGGCAUUCACUUAAACAACAAUUUAAACCACUUGAAGUUUGGCUUGGAUCAUCACAGACUGUCUUCCCCAGCACCAACAGCAGCAAAACAAGGGCGAGUAGACUUGCCCACCAGAGUGGCAAGUGACAAGAUUGUUCUGCUUGUAUGUAACCGGGCCUGUACUGGGCAGCAAGGGAAAAGAUUUGGACUACCCUUUGUCCUGCACCUAGAGAAGACAGUAGCAUGGGACCUUCUGCAGAAGGAGAUCCUGGAGAAGAUGAAGUAUUUCUUGAGGCCUACAGUCAGCAUCCAGGUGUGCCCAUUCAGUUUGCGUGUGGUCAGUGUCGUUGGAAUAACUUACUUGCUGCCUCAGGAAGAACAGCCAUUGUGCCACCCAACAGUAGAAAGGGCAUUAAAGUCCUGUGGACCAGGUGGCACAGCUCAUGUGAAACUGGUAGUAGAAUGGGACAAGGAGACAAAAGAUUUCUUGUUUGUAAACACAGAAGAUGAGUAUAUCCCUGAUGCAGAGAGUGUUCGUCUGCAGAAGGAGCAGCAUCAUCAGCCACAAACCUGCACUUUAUCACAAUGUUUCCAACUCUACACCAAAGAGGAACGGCUUGCUCCAGAUGAUGCCUGGCGGUGCCCACAUUGCAAGCAGCUGCAGCAGGGGAGCAUCACUUUAAGUCUGUGGACUCUGCCUGAUGUGCUUAUUAUACACCUCAAGAGAUUUCGCCAGGAAGGAGACAGGCGCAUGAAACUUCAGAACAUGGUCAAGUUCCCCUUAACUGGCCUGGACAUGACACCUCAUGUGGUUAAGAGAAGCCAGAGCAGCUGGAGCUUGCCAUCUCAUUGGUCCCCAUGGAGACGGCCCUAUGGACUCGGGAGGGACCCUGAGGACUACAUCUAUGACCUGUAUGCUGUGUGCAAUCAUCAUGGCACCAUGCAAGGGGGGCACUACACAGCAUACUGUAAGAACUCCGUGGAUGGUCUCUGGUAUUGCUUCGAUGAUAGCGAUGUGCAGCAGCUGUCAGAAGAUGAGGUGUGCACGCAGACAGCUUACAUCCUUUUCUACCAGAGGCGGACAGCUAUCCCAUCAUGGUCAGCCAAUAGCUCGGUGGCAGGUUCCACAAGUUCUUCUCUGUGUGAGCACUGGGUGAGCCGGCUUCCAGGAAGCAAGCAAGCCAGUGUGACUUCUGCAGCCUCCUCCAGACGCACGUCCUUGGCCUCACUGUCUGAGUCUGUGGAGAUGACAGGGGAAAGGAGUGAAGACGAUGGAGGCUUUUCUACUCGACCAUUUGUGAGAAGUGUGCAGCGUCAAAGCUUGUCAUCCAGAUCUUCUGUCACCAGCCCCUUAGCUGUCAAUGAAAAUUGCAUGCGGCCUUCUUGGUCCCUGUCUGCCAAGCUGCAGAUGCGCUCCAGUUCUCCUUCACGCUUCUCAGGGGACUCCCCAAUCCACGGGUCUGCCUCCACCCUUGAAAGGAUUGGUGAGGCAGGUGAUGACAAAGUCUCCAUUUCUUGCUUCGGUAGUCUGCGGAACCUUUCUGGUAGCCACCAGGAACCAAGUGACAGUCACAAUAGACGAGAGCACAAGGCUGUGGGCCGGGCCCCACUGGCUGUCAUGGAAGGUGUGUUCAGAGAUGACUCAGACUCUGGAAAAUUGAACUCCAGUGUUGUAGACACACCAAGCAAAAACCGAGCACAAGGGGAUCACUUGCCCCCCGUCUCUGAUCCUUUUGAUAAUAAUAACCAGAUUGCUUAUGUGGACCAGAGUGAUUCUGUUGACAGCUCUCCAGUCAAAGAGGUGAAACCUCCAAGCCACUCAGAUUCCAUCACAAAGAAGCCAGAGAGCACAACCAAGAGAUCCCCUAGUUCCAAAGGCACUUCUGAGCCAGAGAAGAGCAUGCGGAAGGGGAGGCCAGCCUUGGCUAGCCAGGAAUCUUCUCUUUCAAGUCCAUCCCCUUCUUCUCCUGUUCCUGUGAAGGUUUCCAUGAAACCUGCCCGCUGUCGGAGCAAAGCAGAUGCUUCCAGGACAAGUGGAAGACAUUCGUCCUCCUCUACCCAACCCAAAAAAGAAUCAUCCCCCAGGUCCCAGGAAUCCAUGUCAUCUCCUUCACCGCAGAAGCAAAAGUCUGCCUCUGCCUUUACUUAUUCCUCCUCAUCCAUAUCUGCCAAAAAAGCCCCAGGCCCUGCCACCAGGAGCUCCUUCCCUUCUGGGAAGAGCAGGACUUCUGACCGGAGCUUGAGUAGAGAGGGUUCCAGACAAAGCUUAGGCUCUGACAGAGCCAGCGUCACCUCCACCUCCACCUCCAAACCCAACUCCCCUCGGGUGAGUCAGGCCAGAGCAGGGGACAGCAGAGUUGAUGGCAAACACGUCCGGAGCUCCUCCAUGGCCAGCCUGCGUUCACCUAGCACAAGUGUGCGCUCUGGGUUGAAGAGGGACAGCAAGUCUGAGGAUAAGGGACUGUCCUUCUUUAAGUCAGCCUUGAGACAAAAAGAAACCCGGAGGUCAACUGAUCUUGGCAAGACAACCUUGCUAUCCAAAAAGGCUGGUGGGAGCUCUGUGAAGUCAGUCAGUAAGAAUACUGCAGAUGAAAAGGCAGAGAAAGGCCAUCAGCCCCCAGGCUCACAGCAGCCAAACACAAAUGCAGUUGGAAAGGGACAGCUUGUCUCUAAGGACCCUGCUUCUGCUAAACACUCCUUGCUGUCUGCUCGCAGAUCCAAGUCUUCCCAGCUAGAUUCCGGAGCUCCCUUGUCUCCCAGUAGCAGGUCGACCACUGAGAAAGGCUCCAAAAAGCUGUCUUCUAGCAUGCAAACCUCUGCACGGCCUUCUCACAAACCUCAGUGAUCUUCUGUAGUCGGGUGUUUUAUCUGUACAGACGUUUAUUUAUUUAAAGCCCCUCCCCUCCCACACCAAAGCCCUCUAUGCUUUUAUUUUGUAUUUUUUGGGGUCAUGUGCCUGACUGUGUGCGAGGAUGAGUGUGUGUGUGGAAUUCAAAUUGUUAAAAGUGUCGCCUUAUUCUGCCAUUGAACCAAAUAACAACCAUAGGCAAAGCAUUGAUACCAAGCUAACUGGAAUAAUUGUAGAAAAUAAUCUGGAUAGUCCCUUUAGCAAUCACACCUAUUUCUUUCUAGAGAACUCUAAUGACUUCGUUGGACACUAGGGUUUGGAAACCUGUGAACCAAUUAAGCUAUCAGUGUAUAGACAGAUGAACUGUCAGCCUUGGGUUUCAUCUGAGCAGAAUUUAUCUUCAUGUGGAUUGUUGAGUGGCAUCAGGAGCUUAAAAAAAAACAAAAGCUGAUGCUAACAACAAAAUAAACUGAGGGAAAACUUGCUUUCUGCACUUUGGCCCCAUCCACCAGUUUUUGUAAGGGCAAUAUCUUAACACUAAUGUUUCUCAGGUAUAUAUACUCAGCUAGUCUAGGAUGGAUGCACAUUACUAAUAAAUGGAUUCAAGAGGAAGGUGACAUGGGGGUGGCGACUGUGUCCUACUGCCACAGGUAGAAGCUUUACAGGUAGGCAUAAAAUCUUUGCUACUUUCAUAUCUAAAGUGAUAGCCUGUCUUGACUCCUUGUAUAUGUUCUACGAUCUGACAAAUUUUGAAUAGUCAGAAAGCCAGUCACUAAUUAAUUUUUUUUUCAUUCUCAAUUUGCUAGCUAAGGCCAUUGGAAUAUUGAAUUGUAGUAGACUAGUUAAUGCCUUUGAAAGAUUCCCAGAGGGAAAAAAUUUAUUCCAAGCUGAAUCCUGAGUUGGUACCAUUUUCUUUCCCUGAUGCUGCUUGUUUCUGUUAGAAGUUGAGGAUCUCAUACUGCCUCCUGUGUGCAUGCUCACUGCCUUGUCCUGUUGCUUGGAAAAGAAAGAAAUUGCCUCUUGCCAAGAGCCUCUGAUGGUAUGUUGAUGUGAGGUGAGGCUGAGUGCUGUACAUGCAGUGUGGAUCCUGGUGUCAGUCUUCCUUUUGACUGCCUUUCAGUAACUUAUUUAUGUCUACUCUGUUCUGAAGAGAUAAUCUCUGACCCAGAAUUCAGAAGCAGAGUCUGGCAUGUGCUUCCCCUGGCAUGUAGUUACAAUUUACAUUCUUAUAUAUGAGAAGGGGAGCUUCACUGAAUUCUCACAGAUAAAGAAAACACAGUUUUCCAAGGCUUGUGGAAAUCUCUUAGAAGUACUUUGCAGCUCAGUUUUUUAGUAUCCUCUUUAUUUAUUUAUUUUUUAAUAUCAAGAGAAUCAUGGUCAUGAUUCUCAGAAUAGCAUUUGUCAUUUUGUCAUUAGAUAUAGCAUGUUGAGUUUGUAGUUAUUACAUUCUAAGGCUCAUGAUUCCCAGGCCUCCCUGUUCAGUAUGUCUGUGAAGUGACUGCAGUGCAUAUGUGCAUGCAGUUUUGAUUUCUAUACUGUCCUUUUAUUCUUCUUCUAGGAAUACCUCUUGGGAAAUAUUUCCAGUAGGUUGCUUAAGUUUAGUUUUGCUGCUAAUGUGGACAUUAGCUGGUAGCUUGCAGGUUGAGGUGGCUGGGACUUUCAACAUUUGUGGUAUUUGAGGCUUAGUUGUUCAGCCUUGUGCACAUUACCACAAUACUUUCUACCCAAUUCAGUGUGUGUAAGCCAGUACCCACAACACUCAGUCCUGUACUGGCUGCUUUUAUACUCCUCCCGCCCCCAUGCCCUGUUGUGGCUUCCCAAAACAUUGAAGCUCUUUGUCUUGCCUUGGUGUGACAGCUGCCUUGUGUGAUCAUUUAUUCAGUGGCACAAGGUAAGCCCCGUUAGUUUAGCCACCAAUCUUGUUUUAUUUCUAUUUUCUGAAAAAGCACCAAAUGUUGAGACUAUUAGUAUCAGGAAUUGACCAUUUAUGUGAUUUGAGCCUCUUAGAAUUAUAGUGUGAUAAGACAAAGGAUUUUAAUAACAAGCUGCUCUGCCAUAAUUAAGAUGAAUAAAAACUAUUUUAAUUUUCACAGUACUAUAUCGUUUUAUUCUUGAAUGCAGUAGGAAUGGAUCCUCCCUUCCCUGCAUAUCAUGUUUUUAAAAACAAAACAAAACAGAAAAAUCCUCUACUGGUCUUUACUUUUCCAUGGAAUCUAGAAAUUCAUUUUCUAUCAUAUAAUAAAAUCUAAAAGUUACAUGCA